CGUUACCGACUACAUAGACUAACGUUUAUGACGAUCAAAACGGCAGCUUUUCAGUUGUUGUGUAUCUAACAUUUCGUAAGGACGAAGCCUAAGCUCAAAACGGUUGAUGCAUUUUUUUUUCUAGCCGAGCGUUUUGAAAAUCCUCCCUCCCGACUACACGUCCUCUGCAGUGUCCCAUAGUAUCCACAGGGCUCGUCAUGGCGCUCGGACGCAGGAACUCGCUUCUCCUGUUUUUCUUCGCUUUCUUCUAAAUUUAAUCUACAUGAAUCUCUCGGACUGAGGCUAUUACUCGGAAUCUGAUUUUUUUUUUAAUUAUAAUUAUUUUUUUAUUUUUGCUGUUUCACCUGAACGACUCAAGAGAGACGACCUGUUCCUUGCUGAGAGAUACGGAUCUGAACAUAUAAACUUGUGUCCAACUGGGCGACCAGGAUUUCAGGAUCCCUUUUCCAGGGCGAAUUCCCUGGUUUGAGGAACGCGGGGAAAGAAACUUUUCUGGAAGAAGAAGAGGAGGAGUGAGAAGGGGCCCUUAUUUAAGUGAAUGCUAGAGACAUGAUCAUGACUGCGGCAUGGGAGUGACGUGACAUCAGGAUUGGACUUUCCCUCCAAACAACCUUAUAUCCACACACUCACAUGAUGCGCUUCUCUCUUCGGAGAGGCAAAACUGACUGAAUGAACGACUACGCUGAGAAAGAUUGUGCGGGUGUGAAAAUGGACGAGUCUGCCCUCCUGGACCUGUUGGAAUGUCCGGUGUGCUUGGAGCGGCUGGACGCUACGGCGAAGGUGUUGCCAUGCCAGCACACGUUUUGUCGGCGCUGCCUGCUUGGAAUUGUGGGGUCGCGUGGAGAACUGCGCUGCCCAGAGUGUCGCACGCUGGUGGAGAGUGGCGUGGAUGAGUUGCCUAGCAACAUCCUCUUGGUACGGCUACUGGACGGUAUCAAGCAGAGACCGAGGAGGACAGGAAGCAUGCAUGGCACAUAUACUAAUGGAUCUGCAGUGGCAGGAGUCCGAGCGCAGGGAGCUGGAGGAGGCCAGAGGGAUCCAGGUCCCACAGGGGCACAGUCUCAGAGGGUCCAGGAGAGCACUCCAGUUAGGGGAGUUCCUCAGCUACCGUGUGCAAAGGCCUUAUAUAACUAUGAUGGCAAAGAAUCCGGAGAUCUCAAAUUCAGCAAGGGUGACAUCAUCAUCCUGCGCCGACAGGUGGAUGAAAACUGGUACCAUGGAGAGAUGGGCGGAGUCCAUGGAUUCUUCCCCACCAACUUUGUCCAGGUCAUCAAACCUCUCCCACAGCCGCCCCCUCAGUGUAAGGCCCUGUAUGACUUUGAGCUGAAAGACAAGGAGGCUGACAAGGACUGCUUGCCAUUUUCAAAGGAUGAUAUUCUUACUGUGAUUCGUCGUGUGGAUGAGAACUGGGCGGAAGGCAUGCUGGGAGAUAAAAUUGGCAUCUUCCCCAUAUCUUAUGUAGAGUUUAACAGUGCAGCACGACAACUUAUAGAACUGGACAAGCCAUCUGAAGGUGGAGGAGUCAGUGAAGGACCGUCCUCCUCUUCCUCGGGCCCCCAGGCCAACGGCUCCCAGAAAGCCACUGGAGAGAAGAAGAACAGUAAGAAGCGUCACUCCUUCACCUCUCUGACUAUGUCCCAUAAGCCCUGCCUGGCCCCUCCACCCCAGAGACACUCCAUGGAGAUCAGCGGCCCUGUUCUGAUCAGCUCCUCCAACCCUACAGCAGCGGCCCGGAUCGGAGAGCUCAGCGGAGGCCUGUCCUCCAGCGCACCUUCACAGGUUCACAUUUGCACAGCAGGACUCAUUGUUACUCCUCCACCAAGCAGUCCUGUCACCACAGCGACAGUUUUCACAUUUCCUCCAGAAACCAGCUAUGCCUCUAUUCCAGUGGAUGCUCUUCCUCCUCCACCACCUCCUCCACCUCAAUCAGUGUCUUCAGCUGUUGGCGCUGCUGCCCGUGAAUGCGGUCAGAGGCCGUUACCCGCUGCGGGUGACCAGAGUGGCCGUCACAGACCCACAGUGUAUGUGGCGAUGUUUCCCUACACGCCCCGUAAGGAAGAUGAGUUGGAAUUGAGGAAGGGGGAGAUGUUUCUGGUGCUGGAGCGCUGUCAGGACGGCUGGUUUAAAGGAACAUCCAUGCACACCGGCAAGAUUGGAGUGUUCCCUGGUAAACUACAUGAGCCUGUCAACAGGACUGUUUCUGGCAGCAGUCAGCCAAAAGUUCUGACCCUUUGCUCCCAGGCUGGAAGUGGUGUGACCAUCAUCAGCCCCUCCUCUGCUCUUCUUGGAAGCCACCCUGGGGGAGUGUCGACCCCCAGUCAACCCCUUCCAGUCUGCCCAAAUCCCACCCCGUCUUGCCCACUUCCUGCUGCUGUAGUAUCAGCUGCACAGAUACCCACUGGACAGCACCCAAAGUGCUCACUGCAUGUGACAUCACAGAUGACCGUUAACCAGGCACGCAGUGCAGUCAGGACAGAAUCCCACAAUCCUGUGUCCUCUCCUAGCACAGCUGUGGUUCUUCAGGCGUAACCCUGUCCUCGGGCUCCAGCCCGGGAUCCUCCAUCCGCCAGGGUCGGCGUGGCUAUGGGCUGGGACGCCGCCUCCUUGAACCUCUAAUGUACGGAGGCUUCCCACUUUGGACAGUGAUGUGCUAUGAGACCUGUCACUGUUGGUUAGCCACUUCCUUUGAACCCAAAAUCUCUCCCCGGUUCAGCCUUGAAUCAUGGUGUUGCGUGUAGACUGGAUAAGGACUGCAAGAGAAAAAAGAAAGGCCUACUGAAACUGCUGUCUAAUAAAAAAGAAGUUCACUUCAUCUCUCCCAUCCCCUAAGCGCCUACACUGGAGUAUGAGCAGUUCAAUGUCAUGGAGUAAAUGCCCCAGGGGGCAGUUGGACCUGAAAUGGCUCCACCCAGCUCCAGUGGCAGCAGUGGACACAGCGGCCCGCAGCUGGGACCUGUCCCAUGGAUCUCUGAGCUCUCUGCAUCCUCAUCUUCAUCGAACACAGAUGCAGUGUCACACAGAAGCGCUCCCCAGGACAACACUGCCCCAAUCGCUCACUCACCUCCACGACAGCCAUGCUCCUCCCUCCCUCUCCAUACACAGCAUGACGGCCCGGUACCGCAGGUGUCCCACCCCUCCCCAAAGCCAGUUACAGAGCUGGAACUCAAGGAGGGAGACACAGUUUGUGGCACAGAAACGAGAGGACGGGUUGGUUUUAAAGGAACACUACAGAGAAACGGCCGAACCGGGCUGUUUCCGGCAGCUUUGUUGGACAGUAUCUAGCACACAUGGUGUCUAAGAACAUAAUAUUUAGAUAUUGAA